UGGGAGAGGCGAUGGCUGAUGAUGGGAUUAGGUGAGUCAGGAUCCAGGGAAAAGAAGAUGGUAUUGUCUUGGAACACCUGGAGCAUACCUGCCUCUCUGCAGAGGGGAUAUGCCAUUCCUGAAAGCUGAUUAAAACGUCCAAAGAUUGCUCAAUUCUUAAGUGGUCUGGCUUUGCCCUCCAAAGCUUAAGAAAGAGUUAAUUGAGCUAUUGCAGAAGGUGAUCAUGAAACCGCUGGGUGAGGUCAUCCGGAGUUUUGGAGUUCAGUGCCAUCUCUACGCAGAUGACACCCAACUCUACUACUCUUUUUCCACCUAAAUCCAAGGAAGCCCCUUGGAUACUGGACCAGUGUCUGCUGUGUUGGUCUGGAUGAGGGCGAACAAGCUGAAGCUCAAUCCUGACAAGAUAGAGGUCCUUCAGGUCAGUUGUACGUCUGAUCGGGGCAACCUGUGCUUGAUGGGGUCACACUCCCCCUGAAGGCGCAGUUCCGCAGCUUGGGGGUCCUCCUGGACUCAAUGCUGACACUUGAUGCUCAGGUGUUGACGGUGGCUUUGAGGUCGAGCCGGCAAGAGCCCCCUGCGUUCAAUCUGAUCUGACCUGCAGCAGGGAGUUACGCAGAUUCGGAAAGCCCCAUAGGACCAGCCACUCACGAAAUGUGUGCCCCAGCAGCAGCCUCAACGAGCCGGGACUAUCCUCUUCUCUGCUUCUUCCCCAACCCUAACAUUGUAACUAAUCCCGAAUAAAAGUAUCAUUGCAUUUUAACUUUUUCCCUCUCAUUGUGAUACUGUGAUAUUAGCCCUCUAACACAUGAGCCUUUCCUUUCACGAACCGCGGGAAGCCGCUGGCAAGAUGAAAUUGUGUUUCUUUGAAUCGUGGAUACUGAGAACCCCAUCCGCGCGUCAACGGAUCGGUACCAUUUUUGCAUUAUAUUUUCCUAGGCUAAUUCUAAGACUAACUGCUAUCUCACUUUCUGCACUCUGGACUCCUAUGCUCCAGGAAAUAACCUUUUGUUCCAAGGAAUCAAAUUUAAAGGGAAAGAACAGCUGAUUGUCGUCCAUGGCUCUCCGCCGCUGUGCAGCCCUUGCCACCUGCCUGCCGCCGCCUAAGAAAUUUGGACUCCACAAUGAACUCGAUAGAGUCAUCCAGAUGUUUCCCCAUACAGAACCCUCAUUGACCUCCUUCAGGACUCUGGUCAACCUCGCCAAAUUAUUUAGAAACUUGCUGGAACCUUUUUUUCACCCUCAGAUCUUACGUUUUCCUAUUUGAUUUAUGAACUUAUCCUGGACUUUUUGGUGGGUGGGAUGGGUUGUUAUGAUUUCCUCUUUCAUGAAUGUAUCCCUUAUAUGUCUCCCUUUCCCCAUGUCUCCUAUAUGAACUAUAAAAAUAUGAGAUGCCACCUUUGUGUGACCCCAGCACUCCAGCCCUCAGGGAAACCUUCUCAUUUCCAAGGGUGUAUAAUACAGGAUUCAACCAAAGACUCCUUGCAUGCACAAGAACAAUGGACAUCCUCUCCAGGCUUUGGAGCAGGGCCACCUGGAGAGGAUGCUCCCCUCACGUAAUCCUGUCAUAUUCCAAUGAGGGACAAUCCGCCUUCGAAAAGCUGAGAUUGUCCCAAUCUUUUCUUCCUUUGUCUCCACACCCUGGCCGAAACUGCUAUCAAGAUCUCGUCUAUUUGUUUCUGUAUCCAGUCCCUGGAAAACCCGGACCCUGGCAGCCACGUCAGACUCAGAUAUAUAUUCACACUACUGGAAAUAAUACCUAGCUGGCUGGAGGAUCCCUAGGGGUUAUCACCAGCUGCCGGACACCCAUUAAGCCAUUAUAAUCCACUCAAAUUUCACUCCCCAGUCCUUUGUUUCCUGCUUGGACCGCCUCGUCACUCCCGAUUGGCCGAGAGGCUGGCUCUCUGAUUGGCUGAGGCAUCCAAACCUCUUCUCCAGCUGAUGACAACAGCCAAUCAGCACGAAGCCGGUAGAGGGGGCGGGAGCGGGAAAUUCAAAGUUGACCACCCUGUUUUUUCCUAUAAAAUGUAGUGUAAUGCAUUGUAUGUCAUGUCUGCUUGAUGAAUGAUCGCAGUUUGACAUCCUUUCCAGCUGGAUCGCAAUAAACAACUCGAUGGUCUUUCUUCAGCCUUUGGGGGUUACAGAAGGCUACAAUGGUACCAUCUUUGCUUAUGGGCAGACAGGCAGUGGAAAGUCCUUUACCAUGCAAGGGGUCCUGGAGCCAUUUUCCCAGAAGGGCAUUAUUCCCAGAGCUUUUGAACACUUAUUUGAGAGUGUACAGUGUGCAGAAAACACCAAGUUUUUGGUGAGGGCAUCAUACUUGGAGAUCUAUAAUGAAGAUAUCCGAGAUCUCCUUGGUUCUAACACCAAACAAAAGCUUGAGCUGAAGGAACAUCCAGAGAAAGGGGUUUAUGUGAAGGGCCUCUCACAGCACACUGUGCAUAGCAUUGCCCAGUGCGAGCACAUCAUGGAGACAGGCUGGCGAAACCGUGCUGUGGGCUACACCCUGAUGAACAAGGACUCCUCCCGAUCCCACUCUAUCUUCACUAUCAACAUGGAAAUCUACGUUGUAGAUGAGAGAGGGCAAGAUUACCUGAGGGCUGCAAAGCUCAACCUGGUGGACCUGGCUGGGAGUGAGAGACAAUCCAAAACCGGGGCUGUUGGUGAGCGCCUCAAAGAAGCUACAAAAAUCAACUUGUCCCUCUCAGCAUUGGGCAAUGUCAUCUCAGCUCUGGCAGAUGGACGGAGCAAGCACGUUCCCUACCGAGACUCCAAACUGACCCGGGUGCUACAGGACUCUCUCGGAGGCAACACUAAGACACUCAUGAUAGCCUGUCUGUCUCCUGCUGACAAUAACUAUGAUGAGUCUCUGAGCACCUUGCGGUAUGCUCACCGGGCAAAAAAUAUCAAGAACAAGCCUCGUAUUAAUGAGGAUCCCAAGGACGCUCUGUUGAGGGAGUACCAGGAGGAAAUCAAGACAUUGAAGGCAAUCUUGGCACAGCAGCUGAACAGCGGCAGAUGCCAGGAACUGUCUCUGCCUUUACCUUCUGAAGCUGCUAAACCAGAGGUCAAGACAGAACCUUCUCUGGAAUCCCAAGUAGAUGUUGAGAAAGAGAAACAGCAAAUCAGAGAAGAGUAUGAGGAGCAAUUGGCCCGGUUGAAGGCUGACUAUGAAGCAGAACAAGAAUCUCGUGUCCGGCUUGAAGAGGACAUCAGUGCCUUGAGGAAUGCAUUUGAACAGAGGUUCCACACUUUAGAGGAGAACCUCAAGAAAGAAGCAGAAACCAGCCAACCAGUGGAAGCUGCGACUGACCAAGGCCUUUCAUCCCCAGGUCCAGCUGAAGAAAUAGAUGUAUCAGCUAAGGCUCAGGAGUCUGAGGCAGUUGGGUAUCCUGCUCCUCCAGCUGCCCAGCCCACAGAGAAAACAGUCAGACCAGGGACACCUGGAACCGAUGUGGCUGAUGAACUCCUGGUGCCUGUGGAUCAGCAGCAAGUGCUUGCCAGGUUGCAGAUGCUGGAGCAACAAGUGGUAGGAGGAGAACAGGCCAAGAACAAAGACCUGAAGGAAAAGCAUAAACGGUGCAAGAGGAUUGCAGAUGAGCGGAAGCAGCAGCUGCUGGCGGCUCUGCAGAAAUCAGAUGACGACAGCAGUGACUGGGUCCUGCUCAACGUCUAUGACUCUAUCCAGGAGGAAGUGCGAGCAAAAAGCAAAAUGCUGGAGAAGAUGAAGGAAAAGCUGCGGGUUGCGGAGACCGAAAUCAAAGAUCUUCAGUCUGAAUUUGAACUGGAGAAGAUUGAUUAUUUGGCCACCAUCCGGCGCCAAGAAAGGGAACUCCUGCUCCAUCAGCAGCUCUUGGACCAAGUGCAACCACUGAUACGGCGGGAUUGCAAUUACAGCAACUUUGAUAAAAUCAAGCGAGAGUCCACCUGGGAUGAGGAUUCUAGUUGCUGGAAAAUCCCAGAACCUGUCACUCAAAAGACCAGUCUCCCUGUUGCAGUGUCAUCGGUGUCACAGACCAAAACAGGGAGGAAGAGUUCAUCCUCAGACAAUGGAGAUGCAGGGACAAUGGAAGAAGAUCGCUACAAGAUGAUGCUGAGCAAAAGUGACAGUGAGAAUAUCGCCACUAAUUAUUUUCGGUCAAAACGGGCAAGCCAGAUUCUCAAUGCUGAUUCCAUGAAAAGCCUUGCUUCCCAUAACUCUCCUCCUUUGAUGAACAACAACACCUCUAUUCUAACAUCCAGCUUGGCACCCAUGGCCCCGGCCCAGACAGUGGAGAUGCCUCAGCUGCGCCCUUUCCGCCUGGAAUCCUUGGACUUCCCUUCUCCUUCAGCCAAAACAAAACGCAAGAAAAGCCGGAACAAUCAGAGCGGAGACCCCCUCUGACUUCGGGGGUGGUAGUCUGUUUCCUGUUCUCUCUGGCCAACCUCCAGCCUUCUUAUCUUGGUGCUGCAAGUACUUUAUAAAGUGAUCAGUGGCUUUUCCUUUGUAGGAAAGUGAAUGCAAUUAAAUGCCAUUUCCCACUAGUCUAAUCAACAUGAUCAAGUUAGGGCUGAUACCUCUCACUGUGAAUGGAUCCUUUUGCCAUUUUGUAGCAAUACUGCAUUUCAGCAUAUCUUUUCCUCUUACUCAUUGCUGUAUCAAACAGCAAGAAUUUAAUCCAAACCAGAAGAAAUGGAUUAAGAAUUUUUAGAAACAGACCUUUGACUUCCUACACUCCGUCCAUUGACUUCGCCCGUAACAGCACAGGAAAUGGUUAUGCACAAUUCAUUGUCCUUCCACCAAAAGUUUCAACAGGACAGUGACAGAAUAUCUUUAACACACUUUAUGUCUGGAUUCUGCUCCAGACGAUUCUUAAGGGAAAAGAAAAGGCAACAAUUUCUGAAAGAAUGAGAGAGGAGGCUCAGGAGUGAAAUGAGGGCUAAAGGAGGAACCCGUCCCAGCAAUCCAAGGAGAGAAUCUGCAAGCUGAAAAGGUUAACGGAACUUUAACUGAAAUUCAUGUAUCUGGAAAAGCUCUGGGUAGGACUAUGCAUUCUUUCUGGCAAUUGGCCAAACCCUCAUUCAGCAACAUUAAAGGGGCAACUGAGUGCUGAGAAAGUAUUUCUAAUCCACUGAGGGAUUUAUGGAAAACUGCCUUCUCAUCAGAAGUAUCUGAGUAAUGUCCUGGGCUUGGAAGCCUGCUAAGAAGCAGAGGUUCUGUCUUGUAAUUCACUCAGUGACCCAGCACUUAGUAGUGACUCUUAGGCUCAUAAUCCAUAGAUGGGAUGUUAUUUGAGGAGAGAAAGAAGACUAUUAGGUCUUUCGGGUUGGGAAAGAGUAGACUGAGACUCAAUGUAGAUUCCACAUAGUACUCUUUACCCAAUUUGGUUUGCACAGUUGCAUUUUCUUCUGGAUGAGAAUAGUUGAACAAGUGCUGCUAGGUUGGAUCCAUGUAGAAUUCAAACUUUACUUCUAAACACUUUUUUUCAUUUUCAUCUUUCAUGUAAGCGCAAUAAACUGCCUGUUAAUGAUAA